CGUACUCAUCCGACAGCUGAACAUGACAGCGCUUGCGGCAGAGGCUGCAUGGCUGCUUACUCCUCGCCUCCUUCCUAUAAGGCAACCUUGUCUUACUUUUAUACCUAUGUCCUUACGUUUCCGAAGAGACACAGCUUGAAUGAAAAGGGCACCAUGCGACGCAUAGGUGACCGUGCUGACUCCAGUCCUCACGCAAAGUUUACUUAAUAAUCUGACCGGCGGCGCAGCUUGUAAUAUAGCAAGUUAUCAUACGCAGCCAUGCCGCGGAAGAGUGCUAGGUCAGCCGGCCCGGUCCUCGUCUCUGACCUCUCCGAUGAAUCCUUUGGUUCAUUCUUACGUCUUCUCGGGAAGAGGGGGAAACUUGGCGUGGAUGGCGUGGCUGAGCUGACUCGCCAACAGUACACUAAUGUUUGCUCAGCGCUAGAGCAACAAGUGCAGGCGGCACUGCUUGUUGUCUUUCCCGAGUUGGAUGCGGGCCAGGAGCAGGAGCAACACGCCACAUACGACGUGGAGGGCGCCAUCCUUGUCCUCUAUGGUGCAGCACUGCUGUCGCACGAGCUUUUAAUGCGGAGCCAACAACAGCCAUGUGACGCGUUGGUCAACACCGCACGCAUGCUUCAUGACUACGUCCUCAUGAAUAACCUGUGCCCGGAGCUGGAGAGCUUGGUCAUCGACUUGCAGGACGCAGCGCUGAAGCUGUGCUGUUCAUGGUGGGAGCGUCGAGCGGUGGACAAAGAAUUCCUCAUUACACGGGCCAUUCCCUACUUGCUGUGUCGCGCUGUCCAGGGCUUGCACAAGCCCAAGACCUCCUUCAUAAAGCUGUGCUACUCGAUGCGGGACGCAAUGGAGCUGCUGGAGUGGGACGACGAAACCAUCAAAGACACCAAGUCGCUGUUGUUGUUUGCCGCCUUCCACCCGGCGUUCCUGCGCGAGUCCGAAGGCCGCCGCUUCGUGGCAUGGUGCUUCCGCCUGGAGCCGCAAAUGACCAACGAGCUGUUUGCCAUCAUCCGGAACCAGAUCCCGUCCAACCAGCCGGCCACGCUGGCCGCAUACGGCGAGAUCCUGUUCCGGGCGUGGCGCGACACGGUGGGCCCCUGCGCGGCGGAGGUGGAGUCGGAGAUACAGACGCUCAUGCAGGCAGCCAUCACGGCGUCCACGGCCAGCCUGGCAAAGGCAAUUCGCUCGGUGCUCAACGGCCUCCACAGCCAGAAGAACCUCGAGAAGCGCAUCAACCCAGCGUUGGUCCGGCUGUACGACCCCAUCCUGCCCCGGGCUUUCGCCGCCGCCAACGCGGAGGUGCGCCGCAACGCCGUGAACCUGCUUGCGGCGGCCUUUCCCAUUGUGGAUCCUGAGGCCGGCGCUGCCGAGAACAACACACGCAUGACGCACCAGCUGGGCUUGUUUUUGGAAAGCCUGGGGGAUGCCUGCCCAAGCGUGCGUGAGGCGGCGGUUGAGAGCUGCUGCCGCUGUCUCAAGUUCUUCUGGGAGAUCAUCCCGGCAGCGACCAGCGCAAAAAUGAUUGGCGACAUGACCGGCAAGCUGGCGUUUGAUGGCUCCUCGCGUGAUGUCCGCAUCGCCGUGCUGCGCGGCAUGCGCUCGCUGCUGGACAGCCAACACGCGCUCCCGGUGCUCAAGAAAGCCCUGCCUGGUCUGGCCGACCUGCUGUGCGACAGCGACCCCAAGGUCCGUGACGCGUUGGCUGACCUGCUCGUGGGGGUCGGCACCUGCCGGGGGCUGCCCAUCUCGAGUGUGGUGUCGCUGGAGCACCUCCUGGAGACGCUGGCAGUGGACGCAAACCCGGAGGUGGCGGGCAAGAUUGCGCGCAUCCUGGUGCCCAGCUAUUUCCCGAACGCACAAGAAGGCGCGGCCCGCCUUGGAGCCCUACUGCGAAGCAAACCAGAGGCGGGUCUGGCCUUUUGCCGCCACCUUGUGGCCCGCUUCCUGCCGAGCAACCCACGGGUCAAAAACGGCGGCAAGGGCAAGGUUGAGUUCACUGCUUCUGUCCCACUGGAGCAGAUCCUGCAGCUCUUUGGGGAUCUGUUCUCGCACCUGUUGACGUCUGGGGCGGGGCUGGGGCAGGCGGCCGCCGCCGCUCAGCAGCAACCGGCGAACAAGCGGGCCAAAAGUGCUGCCAAGCAGCGCGGCGGGAAGGGGGCAGGCGGUCAGGAGGCGCCGGUUCGCAAGAAGCGCGCUAAGAAGAAGGCAGCGGGAUCGCCCAACGACCUAGAUGACGACGACGGCGCCGACCAGCAGGGAGCCGACAACAACGACACGCCUGAUGCCAGCGGGGCGCAACCAGCUAGCGCUGUCAGCGACGAGGAAGUCCUACAGGAUGCCAUCACGGAGACGGAGGAGGGCUGGCUGGCGAUUCUGGAGGGCCUGGUGCAGGUGGCGGAGGGGAUCUGCGCCGCGGUCGCCAACACCGAGGAGUGCAGCGCGGCGGAUGUGGGGGCGGUGCUGAGCAGCGAGGACAGCCUGGUACAACUGCUGUCAACGGCCGAGGAUACACUGCGCAAACCAAAGGCUGUGAAGCUGGUGCUCAAGCUUGUGGCGUCCCUGUACUUCACGUCUGCCGCACGAAGCGUACGGGCUGUGCUGUUUGAUCGGUUGGCGCAGGGCACCCUGUCUGGGUUGAGAGCGGGCGGUGGCGACGACGCCAUGGAGAUCGACGGUUCAGCUUCGUCUCAGCAUCGGGACGUGGGGCUGCUGGUGGAGUUCCUGAAGGCACUGGCAGCUGGCUGCACCGGUCCCAAGCUUGCAGCGAUGCUGGCGGCGGCCCUGGGCGUCAGGGAGCCGCAGCCAAUCCGCAAACCAGCUGCACCGAAGAAGGCCUCGAAGGCGGGUAAAGGCGACCGCGAUGCCUGCUGCAACGGCGAGGGCCGCGAUCUACUGGACCAGAUCCUUGGUGGCGGCGACGUGGGGAAGGCUGGCCACGGCAAGGAAGAGGGCUGCGACGCGGACAAUGUUGUCUGCGUGGCUUGCAAGCGUCCCGAGCCGGCCGACACCUUGCUACUUUGCGACGGCUGCGACGUGGGGUGCCAUACGCACUGCCUACGGCCCGCUCUCCAGGAAAUCCCAGAGACUGACUGGUUCUGCUGGCAGUGCGAGACGCAGCUGCAACACGUGCAGCUGCUCGCGGCCGAUGCCGGGCGCUGCGUGGGCCUGCUGCUGCAGCUGGAGGAGGGGCGCGCGCUGCUGUGCGACCACCCCGACUUUGGCGGCAUGGUCCAGGCCAUGCACCAGCUUGCCAUCGAGGAGGCCGACGCCAUCAACAGCAUGGCCCAGGAGGGCGCCGCCGAUGAGGCUGACAGUGCACCCGCCGCCGGGACCGCCUGCUCGGCUGACAACGCUGACGACCGCGCCCUUCACCUGGGCGACCCGUGGGGCGCUCUGUCCCGGUACUGUCGUGCUGCCCUGCAUCGGGCCAUGUGGACCGCCAGGCCAAGGACCGAGGCCAUCGAGGCACCUGAGGCGCCUUCGGUGCAGCCAACACCCGCCUCAGCAGGCCGUGACCGCCGCAAGAAGAAAGCUGUGGCUGAGACGCCGGCGGCAUCGGAGCGAGGCAGGAGCCAGAUGCCCACGGAGGAUGGCGGAGACGAGGAUGCGCUGUUGCAGGGUUUCUACGAGAUCGUGCCGGUCAUUGACUACGCGGUUCAGACGUGUGCCCAGCUCGCGAGCCUGGUCGUGGAAGGCCAAAGCCUGGCCGCCCAUCUGGCGGCGCUGCAGUACAGCCACGACCUGUUGCGCGUGUUGCACUUUGUGCAGUCCAACGACCUUAUGAACAUGAGCGCUGAGUACGUCGGAACCAUUGCCGGCCUCUGCAGCACGCAGGCGGGGCUCGUCCACGCUGCAGCAACCGCCCUUGCCAGCCAAGGCGGCGGCUCGCAGCAACAGCAGGCCUGCGUCUCCUGCAGCCUGCAAGUGGUCCUGCUACUGGCCCAGCAGCUGGCGGAGGCUGUUCGGAAAGGCGCGUCUGAAGAUGCCCCUGACAGCAGUGCCAAUGGCGGCGCUAUGACGCCGGGGCCGGCCUUCGGCCGCCGGCGGAAGGCUGCUGCUGACGGCGAUGCAGGCGAGGACGCUGAUGAGUUGCCCUCGCAGCAGCUCCAGGCGCGUAUGGAGGCGGUGCGCGACGAACGGGACGCGCAGGAGGAUACCGAGGGGCAGGAGGUGGCGGAUGUGGAGGAGCCACCUGCGCCGGACGUGUCGGUUGGGCGUUUGGCGGAGGUGCUGGUGGCGCUGCUGUGCGACGCCGCCGUUGCGGACCUGCUAAAGGGAGCGGUGCGGAAUGGCGCUGCUGACCUUAUUAACGAGCUGCUUACGUUGACGAAGGAGGUCGCUCCCGGGGGCUGGCUGGACACCUUGAGCACCGCAACGGGCAUGACGCUCACCCAUGACCCACGGGUCACUUCGGAGCUGGACGACAUCCUCCAGCCCCAGGCCGCAGGCAACAACGACGGCGUCGAGGGCAACGACCAAGCAGGUGGAGCCGACGCAGACGACGGUGCCAGCGACGUGCAGCGGCCGGGUCGCGCUGGCGGCAAGAAGGCGGCGGCUGCAGCGAUGUCAGCGAAGGAGAAGGCGCAGAAAGAGCAGGCGACGAAGCUGUCGGAGCUUCUGCAGCGGGAGAGCCCUGCCGUGGGCACCAUGGCAACGGUCCUCGUGCGGGUCUGCGUUGCGCGGAAGGCGCACGGCCGUGCCAUGCUGCUGUUGGCACCGCUGGCCAGCCGGUGGCUAACAGCUGACGCAAAUGGCGCGACGGAAGGUGCUGUUCAGCAGCAGGAGGAUGGCGGCGAGGAAGACGCAGCUGCGAAGGCAGCUAUCAGCUCCCUGGGCGCUGCGGUGUUGUUGACGCUGUGCAGGGCUGAGGAACCGGCGGCGGGCAUGGCGCAGACGCUGCAGCCUGCGGCACGGCGCAGGGCAGGCGGCGCGCCUGUACAAGACGCAGCGGCGCAAGCUGAGCAUGCGCAGGGGCUUGGGGUGCUGCGGCGGGCUGUGCAGCAGGGCGGGACUCCGCAACAGGAGCAGCAGGACCAGCCGGAAGGCGAGGACGGUGCUGCGACCGGGCUGCGUCAGGUGCAGGGCUUGGCGCGACUUUUGGUGCAGCAACUGGCUGGGGGGCCUGUCGCCGCUAGCAGCUGACCUUGGCUUACGGUGGUCCGGAACGUGUACUGGAUGUUUUAUACAUGUGUUGACGUCAGGCGAUCGGGGUCUUCGCCCUAACCUUACAGCGCCGCACUUCGGCAUUGUGAUCCGUGUUUUAAGUUCAAAAUGGCUAACAGACCUGCUUCUGUUGCGUCAAGCAACAGGGCUUCAACUCUCGUAAAUGUGUGCCGCAAAAAGGUCUUACACAGCGUGCUGUUGAGCGUCCUCGUGUGUUAGUUCAAGUUCAUUUUCUCUUCGUGCGUGCAUGUUACCGACGUUUGGGACACCACCAAUGUGGCGGCUCCGAGGCUUGCAGCCUAGCGCAGUGUGUCCGGGUCCGUGUUGGCUUCUCCUACUGUGCUGGCUGUGCAGUGUGCAGUAUAGGGAAACAUUUUCCCUAACUGCGGUCGGUCUUGUGAAGACCCGUGGGACAAUCGUGUCAGUUACUACCCAGUGCAAGCACUCAGACAACACAGCGGUGGACUACCGUCUUAUUUUCCGGACAGCAAGACCAUAGAGCUGUUUCGAUUGCCAUCUCAAACCAAUUCGAAAACCGCCCCUGAGCUUCCAACGCCUGUCCAUUGUCCACUCAUGUCCGAGCUCUAUUAAACAACCGCCAAGCAAGAACGCUGCUCGUUUCUCCCAGAUGUGGCAAGGCGAGUUUCCGUUCUUCACUACAGCCCUCCUACAGGGCAAAUCAAAACACCUUUGCAAC